AUGUGUCGCAUUCUGAUCAAUUUUACGGUGAGAAAAUUGACCAACAACGACGAAUUUGCACAGCUCACUCCCACAUUUAACGCAUUUCUUGUGUUUGGGGUGCCAGCACGAAUCGAGGUAGGCACGUGGCUGGCCGCAGCCAUUGGUCCGAUCUGCGAUGCUGGCGGAUUGAUUUUGAACAGCGUUCCGCAGUACGCAUCGAUGCGACUGGAGGAGGUAAUCUUCCAGGUCAUCUGCCAGGUCAGCAUGACGGAGCCGACGUGUUCGGAGUCGCGUCUCUACGGGUGUCUGGCCAGCAUCUACUCGGAGAUGCAGUCGCACCCGCCACCGCGUCAAUCCGUCUACGCCGCCAUCUCCUCCCUCAUCAAGUCCGGCCUCAUCUACUACUGUGGUGAGUCCUGA